CCUAAAGCCACCAACUCCUAUAUAUAAUUAAACCUCUUUCUAUAUGUCUCUCGAUCUCCACUAACAAUUCCUACUCCAUUCUAAUUCAUCAUAUCAAAUAGACUCAAUAUUAUAUCUGAGUCUCAAACAAAGAAGAGAUAAUGACGAUGAUGUGGAGGGUUAUGUUGGGGAUGUGUGUUCUGAGCUCUGUUCUUGUGAAAACAUCCUUAGCUCAAACGUGCAAGACCCAAAGCUUCUCAAACAACAAAGUCUUCAAGAACUGCCAUGAUCUUUCACAGUUGACUUCUUAUCUUCACUGGACAUAUGACCAGCCAAGCGGCAUCCUUGACAUAGCAUUCAGACAUGGCGGUAUCACCACAACAAACAGGUGGGUGGCUUGGGGUAUCAACCCAAACAACGACCUUGUCACUCCGAUGAUCGGAGCACAGGCUCUGGUCUAUCUUCCACAGUCAAGUGGAAACCCAAGAGCCUAUACUACAUCAAUCGCCAACACCGCAACACAGCUGCAAGAAUCAUCUAUCAGAUACCCUAUCUCUGACUUGAGUGCCACCUAUUCCAACAACGAGGUUACCAUCUUUGCUACUCUCACCCUUCCCAACGGCACCUCCUCCAUCGUCCACGUCUGGCAAGAUGGUCCUCUCUCUGCCUCUAAUGUCCCUCAGGAGCAUAGGCAUGAUUCUGGCCACCAAAGCUCCAUGGAAACCUUAUACCUUGUUUCUGGUCAGACACAGCAAGGAAGUAGCGGGGCUUCAACUAGAAGAAAAAGAAAUAUGCACGGAGUGGUAAACGCCGUGAGCUGGGGGGUGUUGAUGCCGAUGGGGGCAGUGAUAGCAAGGUACUUGAAGGUGUUCAAGUCAACGGGAACAGCAUGGUUUUACCUUCAUGUGGCAUGCCAGGUGUCUGCAUACAUAGUUGGUGUUGCUGGAUUAGGAACUGGUCUCAAACUGGGGGAUGAUUAUCCUGUUGAUGGCACUGACGAUCACAAAGCAUUAGGCAUCAUCAUGGUUGCUCUUGGAACCCUUCAGGUGUUUGCUCUGUUCCUGAGGCCAAACCCAAACCAUAAGUACAGGUUCUACUGGAAUGUCUACCACCACAUUGUGGGAUAUGCAACCAUAAUAAUAAGUAUUACCAACAUUUUCAAAGGAUUCGAUGUGUUGGAGAAGUUCGGAGACUACAAUAGCUGGAAGCAUGCCUACAUUGGCAUUAUUGGAGCAUUGGGUGCCAUUGCCGUAUUCUUGGAAGUACUCACAUGGAUCAUUUACUUCAACAGAAAAGGCUCAGAGAACAAGAUGCCUCCUCAUGGCAAUGGGGUCAACGGAGCAAACGGGGUCAACGGCUAUGCUUCUAGGCCUCAGCAGGUGUAGAACGUUUUGCCAAAUGGAUGUUGUUUUUAUUUUUAUUUUUUUUUUAUUUGUGCCUUACUUUACACCUUUACCAUUUGGUUUUCUUGUUGGACUUAGUUAUGUAUAAAUUAUAAUCAUUUUUUUUUGAGGACUAUGUAUAACAUUUUGCUUUUCUUAUCUUUGGUAGUUAGUACCCCAAUUCUAGCUUAGAGUAGGAGUUGGGGGAAAUUCUUUGAUGGAAUGAUGAUUUCUGACCUUCCAGGCCUCCAGGGUAUAUAUGUAAAAGUCUCCUUCAUAUAUGUAUUUUUGUUUUUCA